CUGUUGAUGAGUGCACAUGGGGCAUGGUGGGACACGAAGGGUUAAAUCGGUGGGGAGGGGAAGUGACAGCAAACCAAAAGAAAAGGGGGAUAUAAAAACACCAAAGGCUUCGUGGGCACGAGUCUGACUGUGUUUGUGCUGCUGGACUAAAGACACGGAACGACAGAAGGGAACACACGGACGCGCGCACACACACUAGUAUUGAGCUGUGGUGUCGUGUGUUAUUUGACAGCGCGUUUUAACGCAGAAGGUGUAUGUGGAUACUCUUGCGCAAGAGUAGCUCAUACACCCUCUUGAGGAGGACAGCUCAGAUGAGUUAGUCAGCGGAGGAACAUUGGCUUAUAGUGAACUACACUUCAUCCCUAAAGACGCAGUGGCAUUUGGAGAGGAUGACAGCACUUUGCGCAACGCAUAGGAGCGCAACAAUGUACCCAAACCAGAAGUUUUAUAUUAGACGUGAAGGACAGACCACGAGAAUUUGAAGUUGUUUGAACUGGGAGACUUUGUGUUUUUAAACAUAAGAAGAAUGCUUCAGGGUCUCAGACUUGUGUACUUGUGCCAGUGUACCUGAUUUACCUGCGCACAAGUAAAAGUUUUUCCUCAAUGAAAAAGUACAACUUUGUAUCUCAACAUCUGCUUGCUUUUCCAGUUUAUACUAAUGUUAAAGUAGAAAAGUAAAUACCUCAAUGGAAUCGUACACACCUUUGGAGUUUGUGGAAUUUACUUUUCAGUUUUUUAAAGUGGUGUGGCGUCUCCUCGUCCGCGGCGGAUCCGGAGAUCGGAUUAUCUGCAGCGGCAGGAGGCGGCAGCGGAAGCCCGGCAGUGGCGGCGGUGGCGCAGAGUACUAAGAGCGCGCGAGUGAAGAGAAUGCUGCGGCUCGCGGCGGAGCUGCUGUUGCUGUUGGUACUCAUUCUUCUGACGUUACACAUCACGGUGUUGCGAAGCAGCCCGCUGCAGCACGGAAAUGACACUGUGAGCUCGGAGCAGGACUCGCGGUUGGCGGAGAAUAAUGUCAAUGCAGAAAGCAGUUCCUCAGUUAAGUUGGGACUGGGUGACAAACAGUCCCGGGUGCCUCAUAUUCCAGCGUCUCAGCCCUGGGUUCAGAGUCACGGGACAGGGGGCAGCCUGCAGAGAGAUGGACCAGGGGCUUUUCUGCUGGACCUGCAGAAGUUCCCUGAUCUUUCCAAAGCUGAUAUAAAUGGGCAAAACCCCAAUAUUCAGGUUACCAUAGAAGUGGUGGACAGCCUGGAACGUUUGGAGCCAGAAAAGGGAAUACGCAAAGAAAACAAGCCUGGCAGGGCAACUCCUAACUGGAGGAACUGGUGGCAGCACUCGUCUUCUUCGUCCUCAUCUUCCGCGUCCACCCCAAAAGGGCCCGACGAACAGGAUUACCCCUACGAGAGCAACACGGAGGACAGCAACUUCGUCAAACCGCUUGGAGACUGGGAGCGCAGAGGGUCUGCUGGCACAGGGAGCAGAUCCCAGACUGAAUACGACUACAUAGACGGGGACGGUGACUGGAGUGGUUGGGCGCCAUGCAGCGUAUCCUGCGGAAACGGCAACCAGAAGCGGACCAGAUCAUGCGGCUAUGCCUGCACAGCCACAGAGUCACGGACAUGUGACAUGCCCAGCUGCCCAGGUAUUGAAGAUGCUUUCAAGACAGCAGCGACAGAAGUCAGCCUUCUCGCUGGCACUGAAGAGUUUAAUGCAACUGAGCUCUUUGGAGUUGAUACAGACAGUUGUGAACGUUGGAUGAACUGCAAGAGUGAGUUCCUCAAGAAAUACAUGAGCAAAGUGGCCAACGACCUGCCCAGUUGCCCCUGCUUUUACCCAACAGAGGUGGCCUACAGCACCGCAGAUCUCCACGACGCCACCACAAAGCGCAAGUUCCGCUGGAAGGACGCCAGCGGACCAAAGGAGAAGCUGGAGAUCUACAAACCCACUGCUCGCUAUUGCAUCCGCUCCAUGCUAACGCUGGAAUCCACCACACUGGCAGCCCAGCACUGCUGCUACGACGACAGCAUGAAGCUCAUCACACGAGGCAAAGGAGCCGGAACGCCCAACCUCAUCAGCACAGAGUUCUCCGCUGACCUGCAUUACAAAGUGGACAUCCUACCAUGGAUCAUCUGCAAAGGUGACUGGAGCCGCUACAACCAGGCUCGAACUCCUAAUAACGGACAGAAAUGUGCAGAGAACCCUCAGGAUGAGGACUACUACAAACAGUUUGAGGAGGCCAGAGAGUUUUGAGCUGAUGAUAGUAUGAACUUUCUAAAACAGAAGCAGAACUCAUUUUGAAAACUGGCUGUGUGAUUAAACAGGACUUGCUAUGAGAAACAGAUGACACAGCCAACAACAAGCACAGAAGAUCUUCAUCCUCCAGAACCUAUGGUUGGUCUUUUCAGGGUGUUUUCAUGGAAAUACUAAUACCAAGUAAAUAAUUUGGUUCUCUUUGUAUUGUUUAUCUAUAAUACUUGGGUAUCAGAUUUUUUUAUAAGGAAUAAAAGGGGAGAAAACUAAAUGGAAGUCAUAUCAGGAAUCACCCAACCAAUGAUCAGCUGACAGCGAGAGAACAUGCAGUGGGAAGCCCUCUCCUCAGGAUUCUUGGACAGAUUCAAGGAUAUCGCAUACAGUAUUAAGGUUCCUGUGUAAACAUGCAUAUAUUUGUCUAGUUGGAUGAAUAGAGUUUCUAUAUAAUGUCCUGUUGUAUCACUUUUCCUUUUUUGCUAAAAACAACAGUCCUGAAUAAUUCUUGCUAAAUAUUUAUUGAGUCAUAGUUAUGUGUCAAUGGUAGGGUUUGUGCAUAUAGAUGUAUGGACACAUUUUGUGUGCUAAAUAAAUAGUCACAUUAACCA